CUUCCACUCUUUUACACAGCUUUAUCCCUCACCUCCUCCUCCUCUUCCUCCUCUAUCCAAGUCUUUCAGCCAGCUUCCUCCCUCUCCUCUUCCUCCACCUCCUCCUCAGUUCUCCCCCCUCUUCCUCCCUCGAUGAACCCUGCUCCUAAACUGGUUCCCAUCUUCAAGAACAAGCACCCAUCUCGUCACAUCAAUGUUGCUCUGCUGUGGGCCCAGAAGCAGACGGAGCAGCUGGGCGGAGGAGGGGAGGAGAGGAGGAGGCUGACGCUGCCUAACUUCAGGAGGGACACACCCGCCUCUGCUCCACCUUCCUCUUUUCCAUCCCUUCCAGUUCCUCCUCCACCAAUCAUUCCUCGCUUCAGCUAUCCUCCCAAACCUACCUGCAGCCCCGCUCCUCAGUCGACAGCUCCGCCCAGAAUCAAGCACUUGUCCAGCCUCAGUCCUGGACCGAUGUCCAGACCGGGGCUCGUCCUCGCUCCAAACACAGAGACGAAGCACAAAUCCAAGUCCGGCUCCAAAACCCACCUGAAGUCCGGCUCUGAAAACGAUACUGCUGCUAACAACAGCCGUGAACUGAAGCGAGAAGCAACCAAACAACCAUCUGCUGCAGCAGCAGAGGCUCCUCCCCCUCUCACCACCUCUGACAUCUCCGAGAAGGACAAAGACAAGAACAGCAGAGCGAGAGUUCGGUUUGAAUCAAAGCCAAAGAAAUCCAGAGCCGCGGUUCGAGAGGUGGACGUGGAGAAAAUGGCCCGAAGCAACCAG